GAAGAAGCAGAAGCAGAAGCAGAAGAUGGAGAGCGUUUUCCUGUCAAACAGGAGGACUGACUGAUUCUUCUUCUUCUGCUGCUGUUACGAGUGUCCGAGUUUGUUUGUUGCUGCACAAGAACACGAAGAAGAAGCUCCUUCUGUUUACACUGGGUGCCCAGGCAAAGUGUGAGUACAGAAUGAUCUAUUGGGUGCAGUGCAGCCAACUAUUUCUCAUGGGAAGUCGCCAAAGACUCGCUGAAAUGUCGCUAAAAAAGUGAAUGAGUGAAAGAUGACGGCAUCUGUUCCAGAGCUGCUCCUGGAGACACUGGAUGAUCUAGACAGUGAGAAACUGAAGAAGUUUCAGUGGUACUUGAAGAAAGAUGGACAAAUUUCAACUUCUGAACUGGAGAAUGCAGAUGUCUGUAACACAGUGGAUAAAAUGGAGGCAUGUUAUUGUCCAGAAGAAGCUGUGAAGAUCACGGUGAACAUCCUGAAGAAGAUGAACCAGAACCAUCUAGCUGAACAGUUGGUGAAUAAACACAAAGUUCAGAUCAGCAGUCCCUCUCAGACUGGAGUCAAUGUUGAACUGAAUGCUGAAACAUGUGCAACCAUAAAUGCUCCUGUACUCACUGGAAACGUCAUCCGUUCGGUAACCUUCAACUACGGCUCAAACUCAGCAGGAAUUGAGCAGCAAAAAUCCUCGGACUCAACAGAGAAGCACAAGAAAAAAAAUAAAAUAAAAGAGAUUUUAAUGUUACAAGACUUCUUGAAGAGUCACAAAACCAACAUGAAAGAGAAAGCAGAACGAAUUGUUGAUGUCAAAAAGCAUAAUGAAGCUUAUUUAAAGGAUGUUUACACAGAACUCUUUAUUACUAAGGGCGAUAUUAAGGGAGUCAACCAAGAACAUGAGAUUCAUGAGAUUGACAAUGCUUUCAAGAGCCAGAAAUCACAGGACAGACCAAUCAACUGCAAUGAGAUAUUCAGUUUAUUGAGACGAAACAAUGAGAAAAAGAUUGUUCUGACCAAAGGUGUCGCAGGCAUUGGAAAAACUGUCUCUGUGCACAAGUUAAUUCUGGACUGGGCUGAAGGAAAAGCCAAUCAGGAUAUAGACUGCAUGUUCCUGCUUCCGUUCAGAGAGAUGAACGUGCUGAAAGAUGACGAGAUCAGUCUCGACGAGUUUCUACAGGAGUUUUAUCCUGAAAUGGAAGAACUGGAUAAAACCAAGUUAUAUAAGGAAUGUAAAAUUGCAUUUAUCUUUGAUGGACUUGAUGAGAGUCGACUGCCUUUGGAUUUUAAAAGUAGAAUGAGUAGUGUGAAUAAGAGAUCAUCUGUAGAUGAUCUGUUCACAAAUCUGGUCAAGGGGAAACUUCUUCCAAAAGCUCUUGUUUGGGUGACCUCACGACCUGCAGCAGCCAAUCAAAUCCCUCCUGAGUAUGUAGGUUUGUUUACAGAGGUACGAGGAUUCACUGACAAACAGAAGGAGGAAUACUUCAGAAAGAGAAUCAAAGAUGAGACUCAGGCCUCCAAAAUCAUCUCACAUAUCAAGACAUCUCGAAGUCUCUACAUCAUGUGCCACAUUCCAGUGUUCUGUUGGAUCACGGCCACAGUUCUUCAGAAUAUUCUCAUUGAGAACAAUACAGAGAACAUCGACACAACCCUAACUGAAAUGUACAUUCAUUUUCUGAUCAUACAGAUGAACAUGAAGAACCAGAAAUAUGAUGAAAAAGUAGAAAGAAACUACAAUAAGCUCUUAGAUUCCAAUAAAACGAUGAUUGUGAAGUUGGCCAAGCUUGCAUUUGAACAACUGAAGAAAGAAAACAUUGUGUUCUACGAGGAAGAUCUGAAAGAAUGUGGUAUUGAUGUGAGUGAAGACUCUGAGUUCACAGGAAUGAUCGCUGAGAUCUUUAAGAAGGAAGCUGGACUUCAUGAGAUGAAGAUCUUCUGCUUUGUUCAUCUGAGCGUUCAAGAGUUCCUCGCUGCACUGCAUGUGUUCCUCUGCUACCUGAACAAGAACAUGGAGGAGCUGCAGUUUUUCUUUGAAGAGCCAGAAGAAAACAUCACAUUGCAUGACUUACUGCAGAAAGCUGUUGAUAAAGCCAUGAUGAGCCUGAGAGGUCAUCUAGAUCUGUUUCUGCGGUUUCUGCUCGGCAUUUCACUGGAAUCCAGUCAGAAACUGCUCAAAGGCCUGUUCACACACACUGAAGACACCAAAAAGAGCAUCACAACAAUGACGGAAUACUUAAAAAAAGAAAUACAAACAUGGGAACUCCUAGAUGAAGCUUCAGUCAACCAUUUUUACUGCUUGCUUGAACUGAAGGAUCAGUCAGUAUUGAAGGAAAUUCAAGGUUACUUGAGUUCAGAUGCUCAUCGAGGAAGAAAACUCUCGUCUUCAAUGUGUUCAGUGCUGUCCCACAUACUGUUGACGUCUGAGCAGGUGCUGGAUGAGUUAAACUUGAAGACGUUCAUCACAUGUUCAACAGUAGGUUACAUGAGACUAAUGCCAGCUGUAAGAUGCUGCAGAAAAGCUAUAUUGGACAAUUGUGUACUCACUCGCACCUGCAUUGAAAAUGUGGCUUUGGCCCUCCAAUCAUCAAAGUCCCUUCUGAGAGAGCUGGAUCUGAGUAACAAUGACCUGCAGGAUUCAGGAGUGAAGCUUAUCACUGAUGCACUGAAGAGUACAAACUGUAAACUAGAGAUACUGAGACUGGUCAUCUGUAAUCUCACUGGUCAGUGCUGUGAAAGUUUGGCUUCUGCUCUUCAGUCAUCAAACUCCCUCCUGAAGGAGCUGGACCUGAGUCACAAUGACCUGCAGGAUUCAGGAGUGAAGCUGCUUUCUGAUGGACUAAAGAGUGCAAACUGUACACUGGAGAUACUGAGAUUAUCCAUGUGUAAUCUCACUGGUCAGUGCUGUGAAAAUUUGUCUUCAGCUCUACAAUCAUCAAAGUCCCUCCUGAGAGAGCUGGAUCUGAGUAACAAUGACCUGCAGGAUUCAGGAGUGAAGCUGAUCUCUGAUGCACUGAAAAGUACAAACUGUACAGUGGAGAUACUGAGAUUAUCUGGCUGUAUGGUGACAGAGGUUGGCUGUUGUUAUCUGGCUUCAGCUCUGAGAUCAAACCCUUCACACAUGAAAGAGCUGGAUCUGAGCUACAAUCACCCAGGAGAAUCAGGUGUCAAGACCCUCAAAUUGAAUGUGGAUCAUGGGGGAGAGAUUAGGAUUAAAGCAGGACUGCUCAAAUAUGCUUGUGUUCUCACACUGGAUGCAAACACAGCACACCCUCAUCUCAAUGUGUCUGAAGGGAACAGAAAGGUGACACAUGUGAAUGAGUUUCAGUCUUAUCCUGAUCAUCCAGACAGAUUUGAGAACUAUCUUCAGGUUCUAUGUAGAGAGAGUCUGACUGGACGCUGUUACUGGGAGACAGAAUUGAGUGGGAAUGGUGCUGGUAUAUUAGUGACAUAUAAAGGAAUCAGCAGGAAAUUAAUUAGUGUUGACUGUUGGUUUGGAUCCAAGGAAAAGUCCUGGAGACUGUACUGCUCUGAAAAUGAAUUCAAUGUCUUGCACAAUGAAUUUCAGUUAUCCACACGUGUCCCUUCACCCUCCUAUAUCAGAGUAGGAGUCUAUCUGGACUGGCCGGCUGGCAUUCUGUCCUUCUACAGCAUUUCUGACACUCUCACACACAUACACACAUUCAACACCACAUUUACUGAACCCCUCUAUGUUGGAUUUAUGGUUUAUAAACUUAAUUCAUCUGCAUCAUUGUGUCAAAUUUAACAAAGAAUUUUUUUUUUUUCAGCAAAAGAAAAAAAAAAAGCUCAUUUAGUUACUUCUAUAAACAUCCAUCUAUCCAUCCAUACAUCCAUUUAUUCAUAUUAUGAACAUGAAAACAAAGAUGCCAUUGUCCUUAGUUGUACCCUAGAUGAUGACAGUCAUGGUUUGACAUCUCCUUCAGACAUUCCCAAGGAGCUCUAAAAAAAGAAAACCUGGAGUCAGGGGUGGACUGGGACUAAAAAGUGGCCCUGGACUUUCUGGCCCAGAGCAGCCCACCAAACCCGUCCCGCAAUACACCACACUAUAACACACCACCUCACUGAUUUAGUUUUCCUGCUCAAUUUCAAAAAUGUUUGUUGAAAAACAAACUGCUAGUCAAGACGGGCACCACUGGUGCUAAAAUUGUCAUAACUUUAAAACAUCUAUAGAACCACUGUAAAUGUGAUGACUGGAUUUUUUUUUUAAAGAAAGCAUUCAAAAUAAGCAUUAACAUGUAAGAGAACUUUUUUCCAACAUGCAAAUUUUAAGUACAAAUGUACAUGAACAAGAAAAAGUAAUUUAGUUGCUGUGACAAGUCAGAAUUUCUUCAAUUUUUAAAGAUCUUAAUCACUGUUUAACUUUUUUCUAGAAAUGUAAAUAAACUGUUGUCUUAGUUAUUAUGAGGUCGUAGAAACAACAAGUACAUAUAAUAAUAAUAAUAAUAAUAAUAAUAAUAAUAAUAAUAUAUAUGUAGCGAUACAAGAUUUGUAUUUGUUUAAAAUAGUUAAAUGGAGAAUGUUACACCGCAGGACAAUGAUGACAAUGCUUAAAAUUCCAUGUCAAUUAUCUGCAUAACUGUGUAAAUGUUUAUUUUAAAAAUAAAAUUGGCCAGAAUAUGUACAAAUAAAAAUAUAAACAAAUAUAAAUUUUUUUAUUUUUUAUAAAUGCUUCCUCUAAUAAGCUCUAAUCUGACUGGAAGAUUUGAAGAAACUUCUGGGAAUAAAAGCACAUCAGACCUUGGCAUCACAUAAGUGUGUGAUAAAACAAGUGCUUUUUUAGGGUGAAAGAAUCACUAGAUUUGCCAAGUCCGCUCACCCAGGUGAGGGUGUAUGAUGUUCGGAAGACCCAAAACACCCUAUGACUGCGGGUAACAUCACUGAUGAUGGGUCUGUGACUUUCACCGUGAAGGGGAAUGGAUUUUAUUUCCCCACUCUUUUUAUAUAUUAUGCUCUCCUCUUUUUAUUGACUAUAAUCUAUUUCAUAAAAAGUCAUCAUUAUGAUAAUCAUUGUCAUUCUUUUUAGUACAUUUAGUCAUGACCAAUUAUUAACGUCACAAACAAUGUGUAUAUUUAAUCUUUUAGUGACUGACGGUCAGAGCCAUAUCAGGAAUGCAGAAAUAGUCUUUAUUCGUUAUGCCCAGCUUCAUCCAGAGAAUAGAUAUGCACUGUUCUUAUAUUUUAUUAAUUAAUUUUUAUACAAUGAAGUUUAAUCAUUUACUUCACAGGGAGAUAUUUUACCCUGUUUAAAACAGUAAUCUGUGGAUGUCAUACUGUAUGUGCUUUGUGGAGUCAUAAAGUACAGUGAUUAUAAGAACUGACUUGUAGACAAACCCAUGAUCUAUUUAACACAAUUAUAUUCUUUCUUUUCUAUUUCCAUUCAAUCUCCAUUAAAAAGAUAAUUGACAUGAUUUUGUUUGUCAUUACUUAUUCUCAUGUAGUUCCAAACCAGUAUGACUUUCUUGUGUAGAACAUGAAAGGAGAUGUUUGGCAGAAUUACAAUCACCAUUCACAUUGGAAAAAAAAGAGUUGGAUAAAAGUGAAUAGUUCAAAAAAGUUAAUAGUUUCUUCUGGCUGUCAAGCUCCAAAAAGUACAAAAAAGGUGACAAAACUUUUUCAGUUUACUUACAUCAUACUACUUGUGUUAUAAUACUUCCAACACUAAACAAAGAACAAACAGCUCUUGAAUAGGGAGAGCAGACAGACAAUCUUGCAACACUCUUCUCUACCACCAUAGGGCAGCAACAGCUAAAUGCAUUGAACUCAAGUAACUUAAAUUUGGUUUGUUACUCAGUAUUAUCUAAACACUCUAUUACUCUAUAGAGUUUGUCUCGUCAUGGUCAUCACAUUCAGAAUUUUUACUGAGCAUUCU